ACCAGCAGCAGAACAGCACAAUGAUGACAUGAAAAUCUAAACUGGGUCAUCGGUGAGCGGAGCAGAGACAAUACCUCCUCGUCCUCGAUCUCGUCCUCGUCCUCGUCCUCCUCGUCGUCGUCAUCAACCUCAGUCGCCCUGCUCUCUCCCGAGUCCCCUCCACCUUCCUUCCUAUUAUAUAUGUAAAGCUUCCCAAAAGCUUUCUUCAAUAGAAAAGGGAGAAAAGUGCAUCCAUUGGUUGAUUGAUUGAUGGAUAUUCAGAACAGACAUAUCCCAAUAUAAAUAUCCCUUUCCUUCCCUGUCGACCACCGCCGCACCUUUUUCGCAGGAUUCAAGACGAGAACACCCAAUCUCCAUCUUCCCGGCAAGAGUCGGAAGAACCCAGCUGGGAAAAUCUUGAAACUUCUGUCGGAUUCUGUGGCUGUACGUACGUCUUGACAAUGGGGGAGUUGGGGGAGAAGUUCCGGGGGUUCAUGAACAACAGAUGGCUGGUUUUCGUGGCGGCAAUGUGGAUCCAGUCGUGCGCCGGGAUCGGGUACCUGUUCGGGAGCAUAUCGCCGGUGAUAAAGAGCUCGCUCAACUACAACCAGCGGCAGGUCGCGAGGCUCGGCGUCGCCAAGGACCUCGGGGACAGCGUCGGGUUCUUGGCUGGGAGCCUCUGCGAGGUCCUCCCCCUCUGGGGCGCCCUCCUCGUCGGCGCCCUGCAGAACUUCGUCGGCUACGGCUGGGUCUGGCUCGUCGUGACCGGCCGCUCCCCCGUCUUGCCUCUCUGGGCUAUGUGCAUCCUCAUUUUUAUUGGGACAAAUGGUGAGACCUACUUCAACACGGCGGCUCUUGUGUCCUGUGUGCAAAACUUCCCGAAGAGCCGGGGCCCAGUGGUGGGGAUCCUCAAGGGAUUUGCGGGGCUUGGCGGGGCCAUCCUUACACAGAUAUAUGCCAUGAUCCACUCCCCUGACCACGCAAACCUCAUUUUCAUGGUUGCUGUCGGGCCUGCAAUGGUGACUGUUGCCCUGAUGUUCAUUGUGAGGCCUGUUAAGGGCCACCGGCAGGUCCGGGCAUCAGAUGGCUUCAGUUUCUCAUUCGUCUAUAGCGUGUGCAUCCUCCUGGCUGCCUAUCUUAUGGGGGUCAUGCUCGUUGAGGAUCUGGUUGAUAUGAGCCCCAAAAUCAUCACGAUCUUCACGAUCGUCCUGCUUGUCCUCCUUGUGGUCCCAAUCGUGAUUCCUUUGUCUCAGAGCUUCUUCUCAGACCCACGGGCCCCGCUCGAGGAGGCCCUCCUGUCCGAGUCCCAGAAACAGGAAGCAGGAAAGUCUCAGCAAGAGACUCAUGAGGUCAUAUUCAGCGAGGUGGAGGAGGAGAAGCCCAAAGAUAUGGACUUGCUUCCCGCGUUGGAGAGGCAGAAGAGGAUCGCUCAUUUGCAAGCCAAGCUAUUCCAAGCAGCUGCUGAAGGUGCAGUGAGGGUCAAGAGGAGGAGAGGUCCUCAUCGAGGGGAGGACUUCACACUUAUGCAGGCCCUGAUUAAGGCCGACUUUUGGCUCAUUUUCUUCUCACUUCUUCUCGGUUCAGGAUCAGGACUGACAGUGAUUGAUAACCUGGGCCAGAUGAGCCAGUCUCUCGGGUAUAAUAACACGCACAUAUUCGUGUCCAUGAUCAGUAUCUGGAACUUCUUGGGACGUAUUGGAGGAGGUUACUUCUCUGAGAUUAUCGUAAGGGACCACGCUUACCCGAGACCAAUAGCAAUGGCUGUAGCACAACUCAUCAUGGCCGUUGGCCAUGUUUUCUUUGCCAUGGGAUGGCCCGGGGCCAUGUAUGUUGGCACUCUCCUGAUUGGGCUUGGUUAUGGGGCGCACUGGGCUAUUGUUCCUGCUGCCGCCUCUGAGCUGUUUGGCCUGAAAAAGUUCGGGGCUUUGUACAACUUCCUCACCUUGGCAAACCCUGCUGGUUCAUUAGUCUUCUCCGGCUUGAUUGCCAGCAGCAUAUACGACUAUGAGGCCGAGAAGCAGGCCAAUGCCCAUCAUCACAAUCCAACCCAGAGCUCAUUUUCUUCUUUCUCAAGCUGGCUUAUGCUCGAUGAACCGCUGAAGUGUGAUGGCUCCAUAUGCUUCUUCUUGACCUCCAUGAUCAUGUCGGGACUCUGCCUCAUUGCGGUUGUCUUGAGCAUGAUCCUUGUGUACAGGACCAAGAUUGUUUACGCCAAUCUCUAUGGGAAGCCCCGUACAUAAAUCAAAUAAAGGUUUUGGUGUUCCUUCCUCUACUAUCCGAAGGUCCUUAAGGAAUCUAUUCCGAGCUUUCUAAGAUGGCCACCAAGAACAAUGCACAGACAAGCUGCUCGAAAGCUCUUCCUUGCUGGAUUGCCUGUACCAGAAGAAAUCAAGUUUUGAUUUUCACUUUCUUCGUCAAAGUGAGUGUUCGUAUAGCGAUCAAUUUGAGGGAUGGCAUUUGUUUUGGUCCACUCCCAUGUUUGUUGUACCAUGAAGUGGGGCAUACCAUUGUGAGUGAUUAAUCCCGUGUUUUGGAUCUAUGGCUUUCACUAUUUGCGUGUUCUCCCGAUAUGAAGCCGCCAUCGGUAUAAAAUGAAGUGGAAGUGUUUUAUUC